UUAGGACUAAUCUCUGGUAAACAUUCGUACUAAAGCGGUAAUUAAAUCAUAUUGAAGAAUAAAAAGAACACCCCUUAUAAGAUAAGGUAAAUAAGCAAAAUUUCAAUACUGUGUUUCACUUUAAAUAAGGAGCUCUGAAUCUAUAAAAUAGUCUGGCUGAAACCUAUGAAAAGAGAUGGAACUUUGAGGGGAAAAUGAAGAAUUUAAAAUUUAUACACAUAAAUAUUGUUUAGAUUGAGUGAAUUUACGAUUAAUAGAAUAACUUAUUUCUAAUUUUCCUUAUAGUAACUAUAUAGAAGGAAUAUUGAUUUUUUUAAUCAAUUUGCUACAGAAGAAAAAUAGAAAAUAGUGUUUUUAACAAAAUUGCUUACAAAACUAUUUGAUAACCCCUUUUGCUUGCCUUUUCUAAAUCUGACUUUUCUUUCUCUGUUUCUAUAGAUUGCAGCUUUCUCUUUCACAAGUUAAUGUCCAGGUAGAAAUAUACAGGCCUGUUAUGGACUGAAUAUUUGUGUCCCCCCCAAAUUCAUAUGUUCAAGUCCUAACCCCCAAGGUGAUGGUAUUUUGAUAUGGGAUCUUUGGGAGGUAAUUAGGAUAAUGAGGGUGGGUCUGGUGGGUCUGGUCUGAUGAGAUUCGUGCCCCUGGUGCCCUUCUUAGAAGAGACACCAGAGAGCAUAUCUCUCUCUCUCCAUAUGAGGUACAGUGAGAAGUUGGCUGUUUGCAAGCUAGGAAGAGAGUUCUCUCCAGAACCCAACCAAGAUGGCAUUCUGAUCUCUGACUUCUAGCCUCCAGAACUGUGAGAAAUAUAUUUCUGUUGUUAAGCCACCCAGUCUGUGGUAUUUCAUUAUGGCAGCCCGAGCUGACUAAGAUUUCCAUACCAAGAGGUGGGGUGCUCUUGUAACAAAUACCUAAAAGUGUAGAAGUGGGUUUGGAACUGGGUAAUGUGUAAAGGCUGGAAGAGUUUUGAGGUGCAUGCUAGAAAUAUGGACGUUAAAGGCAGUUCUCGUAAGGUCUCAGACAGAAAUGAAAAUGUUAUUGGAAACUGGAGGAAAGGCAAUCCUUAUUACAAAGUGGCAAAGAACUUGGCUGAAACAUUUCCUAAUGUUUUGUGGAAGGUAGAACUUGAGAGUGAUGAAAUUAGAUAUAUAGCUGAGGAGAUUUCUAAGCAAAAUGUUGAAGGAACAGCUCGAUUCCUCCUGACUGCUUACGUAAAAUAUGAAAAGAGAGAGAUGAAUUGAAGAAGGAAUUGCUAAGCAAAAAGGAACUAGAACUCGAAGGUUUGCAAAAUGUUCAGCCUGUCCGUAUUGCAAAAAAUGAAAAAGCGUGUUCUGAAGAGAAUAACAAGGUCUGGACUGUCACUCAAUAAAGAAUUUAUGAGGUUAUAUGAGCAGAAACACCGCCAGUUUGAACUAAAGGGAAUGGAGACAAGAUGAAAUGAAUGAAGGCUGUUAGUCUUCUUAGAUUUGACAGGACAAGGAUGUUAGAGCUCUUUGCCUCUAAACAUGCGCUAUUCUUUAAGAAGAGGGAAAAAUGACCCCAAAGGUGAUUCAGAAAUUGUCAGGGCUACUGCCUCAGUUUCAACAAGUUAGAAGGCCUCUGCUAGAAGCCUUGGGGCUGGUACCGCCCUGUAGAGCUAUGGGGGUGGGACCACACCUAGAGCUGUUUGGGUGAUGUUGCCAGCCUGGGGGCCUGGAGGGCAGAGUAUGGAACUGGAGAGGAUUAUUAGUUAGCCUUAAGAUCUAAUGGAAUUUGCCUUGCUAGGUUUUGAACUUUGGGACCUGUCACCCUUUCAGUCUUUCCUGUUUCUCCCUUUUGGGAUGGGAAUAUUCAUUCUAUGCCUGUCCCUCCAUUGUAUUUUGGAAGCACAUAACUUGUCUGGUUUCACAGCUUCACAGCUGGAGAGGAAUUUUGCCUCAGGAUGGAUCAUACCUCGAGUCUCACCUACUUCUGAUUUAGACGAUAUGUAGAUGAAACUAAAGACUUUAGAGUUGAUGCUAGAAUGAGUUAAGACUUGGGGGCUGUUGGGAUGGAAUGAAUGUAUUUUGCAUAUAAGAAGAACAUAAAUUUGGGAGACUGGGGUGGACCGUUAUGGACUGAGUGUUUGUGUUCCCUCAAAAUUCUUGUGUUGAAGCCCUAACCCCCAGUGUGCAGUGUGAUGGUAUUUGGAGAUGGGGUCUUGGGGAGGUAAUAAUUAAGUCAUCAGAGUGGCCCUAGUCUAAUGGGAUUAGUGCCCUUAUGAGAAGAGACACCAAAGAACUUGGUCUCUGUUUCUCCACCAUUCUGGGAAGUUGGCUGUCUGCAAGCCAAGAGGAGAGUUCUCACCAGAACCUGAUCAUGAUGGCACUGUCAUCUCAGACUCCCUGUCUUCAGAACUGUGAGAAAUAAAUUUCUAUUGUUUGAACCACCUAGUCUAUGGUAUUUUCUUAUGGCAGCACAAAAUAAGAUAAGGUAUUUAAAAAUAUUUAACCAGUUUGUGUACUGAAACUGACCUAUUCUUGGGUGUCUGUUUGCUAUUCCUUAACUCUUAGUCUCUUCUAAUUGUGCUACAUUUAUGGACCAGAGGACACUAUAAUACCCUUGUAGUUCUUCACCUAAUCAAAUAUGUAAGGGGAGAAUUCAUUUAUGGGAGAUUCAUUUAUAAUUAGUUUCUUAGUACCACUAUUAUUUACUAACUAUGAAAUAUAUUACAGGUAAUACUUGAUUUUGAAAAAUUAGCAAUAAAAUUGAGUUUGAAUGUAUGUGUAUACAUUUCACCCCUUUUAAAAGAUUUAAGUUUAUAAGAUUAUUAUUUUCAGAAUACAUAUUUGUAACUUACCAUCUUCUUUGCCAUUUCUGAAAUCAGAAAUUAUAUACCUGCUGUAAUACAAUACCUUUGCAAAUGAUGCCCUAGGUUCUUUAAUUUUUUUAAAAAAUCUCAGUUAAUUUAUAAUUAGGUUACCUUGACUAUUUGCAUUACUGGUUUCUAAAUGAAAAGGCAUAAAAUGUUUUUUACUACACUCUAAUUGGAUUUAAUAUACAGUUAUAGUAUUUAAUUACAAAGAGAUUUUUUUCAACUAUAACUAAAAGAAAAGACAAAGGCAAUCCCCAAACCCCAGAAAAAAAUGAUGUUUGUGCAGAAAAAUUAUCCUCUACUUCACUUUUAGAAAACUUUCAGCUUCUAAUUAACAAAAUAAUAAAGAAUCAACAUCUUUAUACAGUAAGUGUGAUACUACAGAUAAAUAAUGUAUGAAAUAUGUGCACUAUUCAGAUUUGAACAGGUGUCAGAUAUAUCAAAUUGUGUCUUAAUUUUAUUCCAGAGAAUGUGGAAGUUGAAGAGUUGAGGCCCCCAGUGUAGUGAUCUUUUCUCUUUCUCCAUUCUUUAUUCUACCCAGUACAGUUGUGUAUUAAUAAUUUUAAAUGACUUCUGUGCAUUUUUAUCAGAGACGUGUUAAAUCUACAAUGCUUAGUUCGUAGACUCUUAGGAAUUGUUUGACUUCUUGAUGCAUAUUUAUAUCAUCUUAGCUGCUAUAAAAUAGAACGUCUUUUUUCUGGGCAUAUGGGUCACAGUGUACAGAAUUUGAAAUAUUUUUAUGGUUGUUAGAUUCAAAACAAAGUUUUUUUCUUGAGGGCUUAGAUUUUUUUUGCCCUAGAAAAUUCCUGUUGCAUUAUCAAAACAUUAGAAUUUAAACAUUUUUUCUUAUAAAAGAAAUUAACCACAAUAAUCAUCUCUUUGGGGCUGAGUCAUACACACAGGAAAGUAAUCACAAUGUUUGAUUACUUGAGUUGUGUGUGCUUAUAUUUAUUUAUGAUGUCCUUGUAUAUGAAGACUUUUCUGUGCCAUUGCUUGCUGUUUACUUUAAGAACAAAAAGAGAAUUGUGGGGUAAAAUCGAAUUUGGGUAAAAUAUUUCCUAAGUAUACAUUAUUUUUACAUAAAUUAUCCUAUCCUUGAAUAUGUUAGCAAAAGAAGUAUUAUCUAAAAAAAAAAAACUGUACAAAUAUGCAAGUUUUCGUUGACCUUCGUGUGGCUUAUUGUGUGUGGUUUGGUUUUCAUUUCUGUUAACUUGAGUGUUUUUUUCCUCAGAAUGAAAUGAAUUUUAUUUUAAAACUAUACUACAGAAGGUAUUGUCCUCUAAUUUAGCAUCACUUUGUUAACCUUGUGUUCAUUAAUCCUCUGUUUAUGAAAAUUUGAAGGACAUGCAUUAUGAGGCAGAGUGCAUUAGCUGGCAUAGUCUUGGUGUCUGUGUGAGCAAACACAUUAUGCCAUUAUUAUAUCCAUAGUUGAUAUACAUUUGCUUUUGGGCUGUUAACACACACUUAAGUGGAUAAUUAUUACAGAAGUUGCUUUUCUCCUUGACUUUGAUUCCCAGCAGCUCAGAUGUUCAAGUACAGUUAUGUUAUAGGCAUACCCUAUUUUAUUGUGCUUCGCUGUAUUGCACUUCGCAGGUAAUGUGUUUUUACAAAUUGAAGAUUUGUGGCACCCCUGCACUGAGCAAGUCUAUUGGCACCAUCUUUCCAAUAGCGUUUGCUCACUUCUUGUCUCUGUCACAUUUUGGUAAUUCUUGCAAUAUUUAAAACUUUUUCAUUAUUAUAUUUGUUAUGAUGAUCUCUGAUCAGUGAUCUUUGAUGUUACUAUUGUAAUUGUUUUGGGACACCACGAACUGCGUCCAUAUAAGAUGGAGAACUUAAUCGAUAAAUGUUGUGUGUGUUCUGACUGCUCCACUGACUGGCAGGUCCCCCAUCUCUCUGCCUCUCCUCAGUCCUCCCUGUUCCCUUAGACAUAAACAAUAUUGAAAUUAGGCCAAUUAAUAACCCUACAGCCUCUAAGUGUUCAAGUGAAAGGAAUAGUUGCAUCUGUCUCACUUUAAAUCAAAAGCUAGAAAUAAUUAAGCUUAGUGAGGAAGGCAUGUCAAAAGCUGAGACAGGCCGAAAGCUAGGCCUCUUGUGCCAAACAGCCAAGUUGUGAAUGCAAAGGAAAAGUUCUUGAAGGAAAUUUAAAGUGCUACUCCAGUGAAUACAUGAAUGAUAAGAAAGUGAAACAGCAUUAUUGCUGAUGUGGAGAAAGUUUUAGUGGUCUGGAUAGAAGGUCAGACCAGCCACAACAUUCCCUUAAGCUAAAGCCUAAUCCAGAGCAAGACCCUGACUCUCGUCAAUUCUAUGAAGGCUGAGGGAGGUGAGGAAGCUGCAGAAGAAAAGUUUGAAGCUAGCAGAGUUGGUUCAUGAGAUUUAAGGAAAGAAGCCGUCUCCAUAACAUGAAAGUGCAAGGUGAAGCAGCAAGUGCUGAUGUAGAAGCUGCAGCAAGUUACCCAGGAGAUCUAGCUAAGAUAAUGAAGGAAGGUGGCUACACUAAACAACAGAUUUUCAAUGUAGAUGAAACAGCCUUAUAUUGGAAAAAGAUGCCAUCUUGGACUUUCAUAGCUAGAGAGGAAGAGUCAAUACCUGGCUUCAAAGGACAGGUUGACUCUUGUUAGGGGCUAGUGCAGCUGGUGACUAAGUUGAAUUCAGUGCUCAUUUACCAUUCUGAAAAUCCUAGAGCCCUUAAGAAUUAUGCUAAACCUACUCUGUCUGUGCUCUGUAAAUGGGACAACAAAGCCUGGAUGACAGCACAUCUGUUUAGAAGGUGGUUUACUAGUUGUAAACAACAUGGCUAGUUUGAUCUUCCAGCCAGACCACUAAAACUUUCUCCAUAUCAGCAAUUAGACAGUUUCACUUUCUUAUCAUUCAUGUGUUCACUGGAGUAGCACUUCUAAUUUCCUUCAAGAACUUUUCCUUUACAUGGUUUCCUUUAUGUGGUUUUACAUGCUUUACUGAGUAUUGUAAACCCACUCUUGACCUACUACUCAGAAAAAAAGAUUCCUUUCAAAAUAUUACUGUUGGUUGACAGUGUACCUGGUCACCCAAGAGCUCUAAUGGAGAUGUACAACGAGAUUGUUGUUUUCAUGCCUGCUAACACAACAUCCAGGGGGCCGGCCCCAUGGCGUAGCAGUUAAGUGCGCGCUCCGCUGCUGGUGGCCCAGGUUCGGAUCCCGGGCGCGCACGGACGCACCACUUGUCAGGCCAUGCUGUGGUGGCGUCCCACAUAAAGUGGAGGAAGAUAGGCACAGGUGUUAGCCCAGGGCCAGUCUUCCUCAGCAAAAAGAGGAGGAUUGGCAACAGAUGUUAGCUCAGGGUUGAUCUUCCUCACACAAAAAAAACACAACAUCUAUUCUGCAACCUGUGGAUCAAGGAGUAAUUUUGACUUUCAAAUGUUAUUAUUUAGAAAUUUCAUUUUGUAAGGCUAUAACUGCCAUAGAUAGCGAUUCCUCUGAUGGGUCUUGGCAAAGUAAUUGAAAACCUUCUGGAAAGGAUUCACCAUUCUAUGCCAUUAAGAACAUUUGUGAUUCGUGGGAAGAGGUCAAAAUAUCAACAUUAACAGGAGUUUGGAAGAGGUUGAUUUCUAACCCUCAUGGAUGACUGAGGAGUUCAAGACUUCAGUGGAGGAGGUAAUUCCAGAUAUGGUGGAAAUAGCAAGAUAACUAGAAUUAGAAGUGGAGCCUGAAGAUGUGACUGAAUUGCCUCAGAGGAGGAGUUGCUUCUUACAAAUAAGCAAAGAAAGUGACUUCUUGAGAUGGAAUCUACUCCUGAUGAAGAUGCUGUGAAGAUUGUUAAAAUGACAACAAAGGAUUUAGAAUAUUACAUAAACAGUUGAUAAAGCAGCAGCAGGGUUGAGAGGAUUGGCUCCAAUUUUGAAAGAAUUUUUACCUGAGUAAAAUGCUAUCAAACAAGAUCACACGCAACACAGAAAUCGUUCGUGAAAGAGUCAAUCAAUGCGGCAAACUUCACUGUUGUCUUAUUUUAAGGAAUUGCCACAGCCACCCCAACCUUCAGCAACCACCACCCUGAUCAGUCAGCAGCCUUCAACAUAGAGGCAGGACCCUCCACCAGCAAAAAGAUUACAACUUGCUGAAGGCUCAGAUGAUGGUUAGCAUUUUUUAGCAAUAAAGUAUUUUUUAAUUAAGGUUUAUGGUAAAUAUACCAGCUCUAGAACAAAUGAAUCAGAUUUUACACAUCUUGUUUAUAUUUUUACCCUUUCUCUGGGCACUUGGGACCCUGCCCCCACCUGAUGCACUUUUCUUAUGGGCAAUGGAGCAGGUUUUAGAGUUUGGCCUUGGAGGUUCAUCUGUGUCAACCCACCUACGGUUAUUAAUGAUGUUCAUCAUUUCUGCUGGAACAGCUGUAACAUCGUAUUUCAUUCCCAGCACUGUUGGUGUGGUUCUUUUCAUGACUGGAGUUGGAUUCUUACUUAGUCUUAACCUAAGUGAGAUAGGUUUUGCCUUCAAACACAGUGUGACCAGACACAGAGUUGGAACCAAAUCUAAGGCUUUACCUAGUGGUUCAGAAAAACAGUUUACUUGGAAGGAAUGCCUUUUCUACAUCGUUAUAUUUGUCUUGGCUCUCUUAGAAACUAGUUUGUUGCAUCACUUUGCUGGUUUCUCACAGAUUUCCAUAAACAAUCCCCAGGCUAUUGUUGGCUACAUUUUGAUGACAUUACUUACAAUACUGUGGUUGCUUAGAGAAAUUCAAAGCAUCUAUAUAUUUGGAAUUUUCCGAAACCCUUUCUAUCCGAAGGAUGUGCAAGCUGUGACUUUAUUCUUAAAGAAGCAAGCAAGGCUCAUGAAGAUUGGUACUGUCAGGCGGAUUUUGCUAAAUCUAGUGUCACCUUUUGCUAUGAUAGCAUUUCUUUCAUUGGACAGUUCCUUACAAGGGCUCCACUCUGUGUCUGUCUCCAUUGGAUUCACAAGAGCUUUUAGAAUGGUAUGGCAGAAUACAGAAAAUGCUUUAUUGGAGACAGUCAUUGUAUCAGCAGUGCACUUGUUGAUCCCCAGUACAGACGUGUGGUGGAAUAGAAGCCUGGAUACAGGAAUCAGACUCUUACUGGUUGGUAUCAUGCGUGAUCGUCUGACUCAGUUCAUCUCUAAAUUGCAGUUUGCCGUGACUGUAUUUUUGGCAUCGUGGACAGAGAAAAAACGUAGAAAAUCAACCACCACUUUAUGUAUACUCAACGUUGUCUUCUCUCCUUUCGUGUUGGUCUUCAUAGUUUUUUCCACACUGCUCUCUUCCCCCUUACUCCCCCUCUUCACCCUUCCUAUAUUCUUGGUGGGGUUUCCUCGACCUAUUCAGAGUUGGCCAGGAGUGGUAGGCACCACAGCCUGCGUGUGUACAGAUACCGUGUACUACUACCAGAUGGUCCCAAGUUUGACUGCUGCACUGCAAUCUGCAAUGGCAGCUGGAAGUUUAGGUCUCCUCUUACCUGGGUCUCAUUACUUGGGCCGUUUUCAGGAUCGUUUAAUAUGGAUAAUGAUUCUAGAAUGUGGCUAUACGUACUGCUGUAUUAACAUUAAGGGGUUAGAAUUGCAAGAGACAUCCUGUCAUACUGCUGAAGCUCGAAAAGUUGACGAAGUUUUUGAAGGUGCCUUUGAAGAAGAAGAAUACACAAGAGUAUGUUCCAUUAAUGAACACUUUGGAAAUGUCUUGACGCCCUGUACUGUUUUGCCUGUGAAACUCUAUUCUGAUGCCAGAAAUGUCCUAUCUGGCAUCAUCGAUUCUCAUGAUAACUUAAAAGAAUUUAAAGAUGACCUUGUUAAAGUGCUUUUAUGGAUACUUGUUCAGUACUGCUCCAGAAGGUCCAGCAUGCAGGAGAAUGUUCACAAAACUGAAAAUAAAGGGGAAGCGUCUCUAAUAAUCCUACCUGCCUUGAAUACUUCACCGCAAACCCAAUCCUCAGAAGACACAGAUAGUUUAAAUUCAGAAACUUUGGAUGACUGGUCUGAUGAUAAUGUUUUUGGUGACGAGCCAACUAUCAAAACAGGAAAAGAAGAAAAAGAUCAGUUGAAAAUUUUGCAAGGUAUAAGUGUGCCUAUUCCAGGAUCAGUAGAAACACAGAGGGUUGGUGAUCAUCCUGCAGGCACUGUUCCUGAAAACAGUCUUUACAAAGCAGUUAUAUUGGGAUACCCUGCUGUUGACAAAGGAAAGCACCAAGACAUGGUAUAUAUCCCUCUCAUAGAGUUCAGUUGUUCUCAUUCCCACUUGUUAAGCUUACCUGAAGAGUGGACGUCUAACUGUUUGCCUAAUUCCAAAAUGAGGGAGAUGAGCUCAUUUUUUCCAGAAGACUGGUACCAAUUUGUUUUAAGGCAGUUGAAAUGUUUUCAUUCAGAAGAGAAUGUCCCAAAUGUACUGGAAGAAAUUGCAAAGGACAGAGUUUUAAAAGACUUUUAUGUUCAUGCAGUAAUGACUUGUUGUUUUAGUUUAUUUGGAGUAGACAAUAUGGUUCCUAGUCCUGGUCAUAUACUGAGAGUUUACAAUGGUGUUUUGCCUUGGUCUGUUGCCUUGGAUUGGCUCACGGAAAAGCCAGAACUAUUCCAUCUAGCACUGAAAGCUUUCAGGUACACUCUGAAACUGAUGAUUGAUAAGGCAAGUUUAGGUCCAAUAGAAGACUUUAAAGAGCUAACUAACUGCCUUGAAGAAUAUGAAAGUGACUGGUACAUUGGUUUGGUAUCUGAUGAAAAGUGGAAGGAAUCAGUUUUACAAGAAAAACCAUACUUGUUUUCUCUGGGGUAUGAUCCUAAUAUGGGAGUUUACACUGGGAGAGUACUUACCCUUCAAGAAUUACUGAUCCAAGUUGGGAAGUUAAAUGCCGAAGCUGUUAGAGGUCAGUGGGCCAAUCUCUCAUGGGAAUUGCUUUAUGCCACAAAUGAUGAUGAGGAACGUUAUAGUAUACAAGCUCAUCCGCUACUUUUAAGAAACCUCACAGUACAAGCGGCUGAUCCGCCCCUGGGAUAUCCAAUUUAUUCUUCAAAACCUCUCCAUAUACAUUUGUAUUAGAGCCCAUUUUGACUUGAGAUGUAUUGUCAUUAAAUGAGAUGUUUUUGUUUUUUCACUCAAGAAAAGUAACAAUGUGAUUCCUUAUAACUUCCCUGGACUUCUCUUUCUCCUCCAUGCCUGAGAAAAGCUAAGCUCUAUACAGUUGAUUCUCUUAGCUAUCUUAACAGUUAAAAAAAAAAAACGACUUUAUGUCUAGGUUAAAAGUUAGAACAAGUUGGCCAAUGUUUGUGCCCUGUGGAUUUGUGGUAGGUUUUGGUAAAUAUAAAACAUUUGUAUAAUAUUAGAUAAUGAAUUUUUUAAUGCUUUCUUUAAUAUGUGAUAGGUGACUUGCCUUACAGAAGUCAACAACUAUAUAAUUUUUACAUGCUUAAAAGAUAUACAUAUCUGUGUUUUUAAGUAAUAAUAAUGGAUCUUAUUGAAGGUUAUAUAAUAUAUAUGUAUUUAUUUUAAAUACAAUAAAAUUUUAUAGUAUU